CGCGGCUCGCGCGGGACCCGCUCCCCGGCGACAGCCCCCCUCCCCGGUGCCAUGCAAUCCCGGCUUCUGCUCCUCGGGGCGCCAGGCGGCCACGGCGGCCCGGCGGUGCGGCGCGUGCGGCUGCUCCUGCGACAGGUGGUGCGGGGCAGGCCCGGCGGCGACGGGAGGUGGUCGGAGGUCAGACUGCUGCAUGCCGGGGCGGGGGCCGACACAGGCGAUACGGUUAAUAUUGGAGAUGUAUCCUACAAGUUGAAAACUCCUAAGAGCCCAGAACUUGUGCCACAGAACUACAUUUCAGACUCUGUGGCUCAAUCUGUAAUUCAGCAUCUAAGAUGGAUAAUGCAGAAGGAUCUUUUGGGGCAAGAUGUCUUUCUAAUAGGACCUCCUGGGCCUCUUCGACGCUCUAUUGCUAUGCAGUACCUGGAGCUGACCAAAAGGGAAGUUGAAUACAUUGCUCUGUCAAGGGACACCACUGAAACCGAUCUCAAACAGCGUCGAGAGAUCCGAGGAGGCACAGCUUUUUACGUUGAUCAGUGUGCGGUCCGUGCAGCCACAGAAGGCAGAACCCUCAUUUUGGAAGGCUUGGAAAAGGUGGAGAGGAAUGUUCUGCCCGUUUUGAACAACUUGCUGGAAAACAGGGAAAUGCAGCUUGAGGAUGGACGCUUCCUAAUGUCUUCAGAGCGUUAUGACAAACUUCUCCAAGCUCAUACCAGAACAGAGUUGGAUGCUUGGAAGAUUGUUAGGGUUAGUGAAAACUUCCGAGUCAUUGCGUUGGGCUUGCCAGUGCCUAAGUACUCUGGGAAUCCGUUAGACCCCCCUCUCCGUUCUCGAUUUCAGGCCAGAGAUAUUUAUUAUCUACCCUUUAAGGACCAACUUAAACUGUUAUAUUCAGUUGGAGCCAAUGUUCCUGCUGAGAGAAUUUCUCAGCUCCUGUCCUUUGCCACCACUCUCUGUUCCCAAGAAUCUUCUACUCUUGGACUUCCAGAUUUUCCUUUAGAUAGUUUACCAGCUGCAGUUCAAAUCCUGGAUUCCUUUCCUAUGAUGUCAAUCAAACAUGCAAUCCAGUGGCUUUACCCAUACACUAUUUUACUAGGACACGAAGGGAAGAUGGCUGUGGAAGGUGUUUUAAAACGCUUUGAACUCCAAGAUUCAGAAAGCUCUGUGCUUCCUAAAGAGGUGGUGAGAGUGGAGAGGCUUGCGGAGAGCACUGCCCCACAAGCUAACGUGACUAUCCGGAUAGCAGAAAAAGAGGUGACCAUUCAGGUGCCAUCUGGGACCAGGCCAAUAAAUCAACCUUGUGCAUCAGACCAUUUUAUACAAACUUUAAGCCAUAAACAACUACUGGCUGAGAUGAUGCAGUCUCACAUGGUUAAGGACAUAUGUUUAAUUGGAGGAAAAGGUUGUGGAAAAACAGUCAUUGUUAAGAACUUUGCAGAUAACUUAGGAUACAACAUAGAACCCAUCAUGCUCUAUCAGGAUAUGACUGCACGUGACCUGCUACAACAAAGAUACACUCUUCCCAACGGAGACACUGCGUGGCGGUCCUCACCCCUUGUGAACGCUGCUCUGGAAGGAAAGCUUGUCCUCUUGGAUGGCAUCCACCGCGUCAAUGUGGGCACACUUGCUGUAUUGCAAAGGUUGAUCCAUGACCGGGAGCUAAGCCUCUAUGAUGGCUCUAGGCUGCUGAAAGAAGACAGGUAUAUGCGCUUAAAGGAAGAGUUGCAACUGUCUGAUGAGCAGCUACAGCAGAGAUCCAUUUUUCCUGUCCACCCCUCCUUCAGAAUCAUCGCCUUGGCAGAGCCCCCUGUUAUCGGAAGCACAACACAGCAGUGGCUGGGACCAGAAUUCUUAACCAUGUUCUUUUUCCAUUAUAUGAAACCACUUGUCAAAAGUGAAGAAAUUCAAGUGAUUAAGGAAAUGGUCCCAAAUAUACCUCAGGAAGCUUUGGACAGAUUGUUAUCAUUUACACACCAACUCAGAGAGACACAGGAUCCCACGGCACAGUCACUGGCCGCAUCACUUUCUACCAGACAGCUGUUGCGGAUUUCUCGUCGGCUGUCACAGUACCCUAAUGAAAAUCUUCACAGUGCAGUUAUGAAAGCCUGCCUUUCCAGGUUCUUACCAACCCUUGCAAGGUCAGCAUUAGAAAAAAACCUGGCAGAUGCUGCAAUAGAAGUAAGUACUGAUAAUCAUCAGGAACCAGAACUGGAGGAUUACAAAUGUGAAACAGCAUCUGGAUCCCUGAGGAUUGGGGCUGUUAGUGCACCGAUCUAUAAUGCCCAUGAGAAAAUGAAAGUGCCUGAUGUUCUGUUCUAUGACAACAUUCAGCACAUGAUAGUGAUGGAAGACAUGCUGAAGGACUUUCUUCUCGGAGAACACCUAUUAUUGGUUGGUAACCAGGGUGUAGGAAAAAACAAGGUUGUUGACAGAUUCCUUCACCUGCUCAACAGACCCCGAGAAUACAUCCAGCUGCACAGGGACACCACAGUACAAACCCUUACUCUUCAGCCUUCUGUUCAAGAUGGACUAAUUGUGUAUGAAGACUCACCUUUGGUUAAAGCAGUAAAGUUGGGUCAUGUUCUGGUGGUAGAUGAGGCAGACAAAGCCCCAACAAAUGUCACCUGUAUUUUAAAAACUCUAGUAGAAAAUGGAGAAAUGAUUCUAGCAGAUGGAAGACGCAUUGUUGCAAAUUCUGCUAAUGUUAAUGGAAGAGAAAACGUUAUUGUGAUUCAUCCUGAUUUUAGAAUGAUUGUCUUGGCCAACAGACCUGGAUUUCCUUUCUUAGGCAAUGAUUUCUUCGGUACUUUAGGUGAUAUUUUUAGCUGCCAUGCAGUUGAUAAUCCCAAACCCCAUUCAGAGCUCGAAAUGCUCAGGCAAUAUGGACCAAAUGUGCCUGAACCCAUCCUUCAGAAGCUUGUGGCUGCCUUUGGAGAGCUGAGGAGUUUAGCUGACCAGGGGAUUAUUAACUAUCCUUAUUCUACCAGAGAAGUUGUCAACAUAGUGAAACAUUUACAGAAAUUUCCCACUGAAGGUCUCUCCAGUGUGGUUAGGAAUGUGUUUGACUUCGAUUCCUACAACAACGACAUGAGGGAGAUUUUGAUUAACACUUUGCACAAGUACGGGAUACCUAUCGGAACAAAACCAACCAGUGUACAGCUGGCAAAGGAGUUGCCUCUGCCAGAGCCGACGUUCAUGGGCUACUGGACGAUUGGUCAGUCAAGAAAUGGAAUACAAAAACUGUUGUGUCCAGCAGAAACUCAUCAUAUAGACGUAAAGGGUCCAGCCCUUAUAAACGUACAGGAGUAUCCAAUAGAAAGAUAUGAAGAAAGAUCCCAAACCUUUACUGAAGAAUGUGCCUCCUGGAAGUUACCAUUGGAUGAAAUUAACUUCAUCUGUGACAUUGCUACAUCACAUGAAAAUGAGGAAAAUACCCUCUAUGUAGUUGCAUGCAAUCCCAUCACCUUAUACUUUAUGAACAUGACUGGGAAAAGUGGCUACUUGGCGGACUUUUCUGACGUCUUCCCAAGAACGGCCAGUAGAGUUUGGCACCCAUUUGUGACAGUGGCACCACUGGGAAAUCCCCUCAAGGGUCAAGUGAUUCUCCAUGAGCAGCAGAGUAAUGUCAUCCUAUUGUUAGAUACCACUGGCCAAGCCCUUCGACGUCUCAUCCUCCCUUCAGAAGAGGGUCCAUCUAAGAAACCUUCCUGGUGGAACAAGGAGGAAACAGAAACUUAUAAAAUGUGUAAAGAAUUUUCGCACAAAAACUGGCUAGUAUUCUACAAAGAAAAUGGGAACAGCCUGACUGUGCUGGAUGUUCUAGAAGGGCGAACUCACACCAUCUCACUUCCCAUCAACCUCAAGACAGUUUUUCUUGUAGCAGAGGACAAGUGGCUUCUGGUGGAGGACAAAACAAACCAGAGAUAUCUUUUAAGUAAGCCUGCACACAUUGCAUCUGAGGAUAGUGGGGUUUGCCAGUUGUACAUGUUGAAGGAGGAGCCCCCUAGCACAGGAUUUGGAGUUACACAAGAAGCAGAUCUCAGCAUACCUCAUACAAUUUCAAGUGAUCAACUAUCAUCUGAAAAUCUAAGUUCAGCUGUCGGACAAAAGAUUGCCUCUCCUAACCGAAUUCUCUCAGAUGAGAAUAGUUAUGCUACAGUUGUUAUUGGCUUCCCAGAUCUCGUGUCACCCAGUGAAGUCUAUUCUUGGAGAAGGCCAUCAUCCUUGAAUAAACCAAGUGUUACUGACAGAACAUUCUAUGGAGGAAAGAAGAAAAGUGAAACUCCAAAACAGAGCAAUUGUGUGACUCUUUUAGAUACUAAUCAGAUAGUCAGGAUUCUGCCCCCGGGAGAAGUCCCUCUAAAAGAUGUCUACCCAAAAGAUGUGACCCCUCCGCAAACAGCUGGUUAUAUAGAAAUCACUGAUCUUCAAUCAAAGAAACUCCGAUAUAUCCCUAUUCCCAGAUCAGAAUCUCUCUCGCCAUAUACCACAUGGCUAUCUACUAUUUCAGACACAGAUGCUCUGCUAGCUGAGUGGGGCAAAGGUGGUGUUGUUACUGUUGAUAUGGGAGGUCGCAUCAGACUCUGGGAAACUGGACUUGAACAUCUGCAGCGAUCACUCACGGAAUGGAGAAACAUGAUUGGACAAGAAGGUGACCGACAUAUGCAGAUUACAAUCAACAGAGACAGUGGUGAAGACGUGAGCUCCCCCAAACACGGGAAGGAGGACCCAGACAACAUGCCCCAUGUGGGCGGCAAUACGUGGGCUGGCGGAACAGGAGGAAGAGACACCGCAGGUCUGGGCGGCAAAGGAGGUCCAUACCGGCUGGACGCAGGCCAUACCGUGUACCAGGUGUCGGAGGCUGAGAAGGACGCGGUUCCCGAGGAGGUGAAGAGAGCUGCCAGAGAGAUGGGCCAGAAGGCCUUUCAGCAACGGUUAAAGGAGAUCCAAAUGAGUGAGUAUGAUGCCGCAACGUAUGAAAGGUUCUCAGGUGCUGUUCGACGGCAGGUGCACUCACUCCGAGUCAUCCUGGAUAAUUUACAGGCUAAAGGUAAAGAAAGACAGUGGCUAAGACACCAAGCCACAGGGGAGCUAGAUGAUGCCAAGAUCAUUGAUGGGCUGACUGGAGAAAAAGCCAUCUACAAACGCCGGGGUGAUCUGGAGCCACAACUGGGCAGCCCCCAACAAAAACCCAAGCGCCUGCGCCUGGUGGUCGAUGUAUCUGGCAGCAUGUACCGCUUUAACGGGGUCGACGGCCGGCUGGAGCGCUCGAUGGAGGCCGUGUGUAUGGUCAUGGAAGCCUUCGAGAACUACGAGGAGAAGUUCAAGUAUGACAUCGUUGGACACUCUGGAGAUGGCUACAGCAUUGGUCUAGUUCCACUUAACAAAAUCCCCAAGGACAAUAAGCAAAGACUAGAAAUUCUGAAGACAAUGCAUGCCCAUGCUCAGUUCUGCAUGAGUGGGGACCACACGUUAGAGGGGACGGAACACGCCAUCAAGGAGAUUGUCAAAGAAGAAGCUGACGAGUACUUUGUCAUCGUCUUAAGUGAUGCAAACCUGUCACGAUAUGGAAUACAUCCUGCCAAGUUUGCCCAAAUCCUGACAAGUAACCCUCAAGUAAAUGCUUUUGCCAUUUUCAUUGGAUCUUUAGGUGAUCAAGCAACCAGGCUUCAGAGAACUUUACCAGCUGGCCAGUCCUUCGUUGCCAUGGAUACCAAGGACAUCCCCCAGAUUUUACAACAGAUCUUCACCUCCACCAUGCUGUCCACUGUAUAGGACGGGCCCUUCUUCACCCUGCUGACCCUGGGACGUGAAAUAAGAUAGGAAUAAAGAGUCCCCCGAAGAAAAGACGACAUCUAUAAAGUGAACCUGCGCAGUGACUGAAGGAUUCUGGCAUUCCUGGCGCUUCCUGGGCUCACUCAGGGAUCAGAAUUCAGGAAAGCAGGCGGAGGGAGCUUGCACAUGGAAAUCUACCACCAGUGAUGGGUUCGCAGGGAAGCGAGCUGACCUGCGUUUUAUGAAAGGUCAGGGGUCAAGGAAGGCGGUUUGAGAACUAUGGUGCUUGGUUUGUAUCCAGAAACCUGAGGGAAAGAGAAUUCCUUUGCUUUUGCCCGUGUAAACUCACCCAACCUGCUCCUGCCCAAUAAUUAUUUUUAUUUUCUCCUCCACCCUUGAUCGCCCCGCAAACAAUGAUUUUUAUAGUAUUUAACCCACUACAAAGCCUCCUAACAGCAGUAUUUUAUAAAAGGUUAGAUUUUUUUUCAAUAAUUCCAUUUUCCUGGCCAAAGCCAAAAGGAAUCAGAAGAUCCCUGCAUCGCUUCCUUUCCCAUUUGACUUUUUAAAAGACUCUUUAAAUAAUGAGGAGCAAACGUCCUAUUUCCAUGCUGCCAACAUGGAAGGAUAAAGGCUGUCUUGCCUUGAACUUCCUGUGUCAUCUUGUUCCUCCAGUACUUCUCACAAGUUUCACAUAUUUCGGUGUCCGAAGUGUAAUGCUUGAAAUAACAAACACUUAUGGUUUUACUUAAAGCAAAGUAAAAACAAGGCAGUAUGUUUGAAUUGAACGGGAACUGGAGAUUUCUUUAGCUGUUAAAAAAAAAAAAAAAACUCUUUUUUCAAGAUUCAUUCUUUUUUCUUUCAAAGUGCACCUUAUUCCCACCUACCCUUAGGCUGACCUUUAUUUAUCAACAGGUCCGAUGUCACUUUGUUUAAAAUCAAAUGCCACAGCCAGAGUCAGGCUCUGUUCAACCACGUAAGAAGCUCCUCUCCACCAGUGAUGCAAAGUCAAAAUUGCGGGGAGCACCAGUGGAUGUGUACUUUCUUGUCACGGGUUGGAGGAAUUAGUCUUGUUAAUAAUAUUACCUUACUUGCCCAUAUAGCCUGAAAUUGUACUGAUUCAUUUCAUUUUAAUCCAUUAUAGGAAAGAAAACACCCAUUUGUUCCUCCACCCCAACUCCCUAUCAACUGUCAAAGAAAUAAAGCAAUCCGA